UUUCGACAUCAAACAGGUUCCACAAAAAUGAACGCAUUCAUGGUAGUUUUUGCUCUGGCUGUAGCCACCGCUAACGCUGGAUUCAUCUCCACUGUUCAUGGUUACGCUACACCCGGAUUAGUCUCUUCUCCAUAUGCUGUUCCCCUAUCAUAUGCCGCUGUGGUACCUGCAGGUCACGGUCUAGAAGGUCAAUAUAUCCCAGACAACACCGAAAAACUAUACGACGACGGUUCUUACAGACCCCAAGCUCGCGCAAUUCCAUUGAGCCCAUCUCCUUACGGUUUGGUACCAUCCGGUUCAGGACUUGAAGGCGAGUACGUCCACGACAAUCUCGACAAACUUUACGACGAUGGUUCCUACAGACCUGAACUACAAGCUGUGCCAUUGAGCGCUACUCCUUACGGUGUAUUGACCCCAUCUGGUUCCGGAUUGGAAGGUGGUUAUGUACAUGACCACAGCGAGAGAUUGUAUGAUGAUGGUUCCUACAGACCCGGUUACUAUCAUUAAAUUUUAG